CAAGUGGGGGGCAUUAACAUCUUCAAGGAAAUGUCAAUUAUCCCAGAAAUUUCUCAUACCGAAACAGCCAACGAAGAGCUGAAGGUGGGCCAAAGUUUACCCAUUUGCGUUAUUCAUAUGUGUGUGCUGUGGGUCAAGGACGAAGAACGCAACUUCUGCAGUAACAAGGAUAAUACGCUCUGCUGGAUUUCCCCGGGGCUCUGGAAUGGGGAUAUUUUUUGCUAUUGGAAUUCCUCUAGAUCUACCCGACAAAUCCGUCUCCAUGGCGCUUUACUUUGAGGCAAAUUACAUUCUUCCUGAUGGUAAUGCAACUUAUUUCGGGUAUGAAGAGUUCAGAGGGUUCGGGGUGCGUGGAUUGGAUAGAAAAAUGGCGUACGAUUUUCUGCUGAAGAAAUUAGAGAAUGCUGGAUAUCCCGGGAAGAGGUGUCUGUUGCGAGCCAUUUGUGAAGCAUCAAAUGGAUUUCUAAUGGAAAAUGGUCUCGUUGGAGAUAUCCUGCAUAUUUUUCUCACGCCAUCAUCUUCAGAGUCUGAAGACUUGCCCUCCGAAAUAAUACGAGCAGAAUACCAAAAAAAUUGCCUAGAAUACUGCGACUGUCCCCUUAGCAUUUUCGAUUUCUCCACUCUGUCCUAAUAAUUAUGUUAAUUAAACCCGUGAGGACCGUUCGAGUCCGACUUAGAGUAGUGGAAUAUUAAUCUUCCAAAAAUUAAUGGGUGGGGCAAUUGCAACACGAUUGGCAAUUCUGGCCCAAUCAGGCCCAAUCGGGUCCAAUAUAUUGAUAAUCUAUAAAUAAAUGCAAAUGUAACCGUAA